AUGGGCGAUCCCAUCGCCAUAAUUUCGCCAGCCCGUCGACUGCAGAUCCCCUUCUCGUCGGCCGCCUUACCCUUUCCCGUCGACCCCACAUCUCAUUCCCGUCGACUUCCCUGUGAUCCUCCCCGUCGUCCGCACCGCACAGCACUGUCUCCCGUGAAAGCGCUCUCAUAUUCUCUCCCACAGCACUCUCAUAUUCUCUACCCCGGCGCCAUUGCCGUGCCUACCCCAUCUCCCUCAGAUUCACAGCCCCGAGCCCCCCAUCUCACCUCCCCUCCCUCUUACCACUUAUUCCCUCUCUCCCCCCAUCCCCAUCUCUCCCCCCUUCGCACUACACCCAUCUCACCUCCCCUCCCUCUUACCACUUAUUCCCUGCUCUCCCCCCUUCAAUCAUCCAGUUUCGGCACAUCUCACUCACUUUCCCCCAUCACUCAUCCCAUCCCAUUUCCGUCCCUCACUUUCCGUCAUUCGCUUCUGCUCACUCCCUUUCCCCCUUUACACAUCCCAUAUCCCCCGUGCUCCCUCUAUUGCCCCCUUCAUUCAUCCCAUUUCCACACAGAUCCUUCGCAUUUCAGCCUUCGCUCGCCCCAUUUUCCACCUGCACAAGGCCCUUCCACCUUGCACUCAUCCCAUUUCCCCCAGCGCCCUCACAAUCCUUUCCAAAUUUCCCUUGACUUCUUCUACCGCGGCGGCAUCUUGUUCCCUACCCCAUCGCCCUCAGAUUCACAGACCCCCCCCCCCCCCAUUUCCCCCAUCUCACCUCCCCUCCCUCUUACCACUUAUUCCCUCCUCUCCGCCCAUCCCCAUCUCUCCCCCCAUCACAUUGCACCCAACUCACCUCCUCUCCCUCUUACCACUUAUUCCCUCUCUCCCCCCAUCCCCAUCUCUCACCAAGUCCUGAAUUACACUCCCUCCCCAGUGCCUCACCAAUCUUAUCUCACCCUCCCUUCCCCCACCACUUACUCCCAUCUCAUCUCCUCUCCCCAUACCACGUACUCCCAGCUCACAUCCUCUACUCAUACCACUUACUCCCAGCUCACAUCCUCUACCCAUACCACUUACACCCAUCUCACCUCCCCUCGCCCUUACCACUUAUUUCCCAUUCACCUUUCCUCCCCCGACAACCAACUCCCAUCUCACCUCCCCUCCCUCCACCAGUUAGUCCCAACUCCAUUCCCUCCCCCCACCACUUAUUCACAUCUCUCCUCCCCACCCCCUACCACUUGGUCCCAUGUCACCUCCUCUCCCCUUACCACUUAG